AUGUCCAAGGAACAAACUAAUCCAAAGGACUCUCUCAGGAUGGUUCUUAUUGGGAAAACUGGAGCUGGGAAAAGUGCAGUAGGAAACACCAUCUUAAUGAAGAAGAAGAAGGCUUUUAAAUCAUCAGUUUGUUCUGCCUCCGUGACGAUAGUGUGUCAGAGAGAAUCAGGGGAGGUUCAGGACCAAAAACUGGAGGUUAUCGAUACUCCAGGUCUGUUUGACACCGAGCUGAGUGAAGAGCAGGUGACAGCAGAAAUCGCUAAGUGCAUCUCAUACGCUACUCCUGGACCUCAUGUGUUCCUGAUCAUCCUCAAGGCAGACAGAUUCACUAAAGAAGAAGAAGAAACAGUGAAAAUCCUUCAGAAGCUGUUUGGAGAACAGGCUGCAUGUUACACCAUGGCUCUGUUCACCCGUGGAGACGAUCUGGAGGCAGACGGCGUCACCAUAAAAACCGUCAUUGAUAAAAAUAAGGCUCUCAAAGCCUUCCUCGAUCAGUGCAAAGGAGGAUUCCAUGUUUUUAACAACAGAAAUAAAGAACCUGCUCAGGUCCAUGAGCUGCUGAAGAAGAUCAACACAAUGGUUCAGAGAAAUGGAGGAAGAUACUACACCAACGAGAUGUUCCAAGAGGCUGAGAAAGCUGUUCAAAAAAAGAUGAAUGAGCUUCUGAAGGAUGAUCCACAGAAGGACCGGGAUGAAGCAAGAUCUGAAGCAAAGGAACAUGUGGCAUUACAUGAAUCCGGAGUCCUUUUUGGAGCAACUAUUGGGGCUUUGUUUGGGCCGGUUGGGGCGGCAAUUGGAGCUACGGUGGGAGCAAUAGUGGAUGCAGUGAAGAACAAAAAGUAUGUGAGACACAGAUCAACCCGAACCCAGAUCAACCCGAACCCGAACCCAGAGUCAACGAUCAAAUGA